CCCUCGGCCCGCUCUUCUCGCCCCCAGCCCUCUCUUGCCCUCUGCCCCGCGGGCCGGCGCGCGGUGCGGCACGACGAUCGCGGCCUGGCGAUCAGGGCACGGUGGUCGUGGCGCUCGAGGGUGGCGCGCAAGGCGCGGAGCGCGAGGCCAGACCGGGCACAGCGGGGAGAGGGGGGCAGGCAGCGGCGGAGUCCCCAGAGGAGAGCAGGGGCAGGGGGGUGCAGAGGCAAGUGAGACGCUGGACCUGAGGGAGCAGCAAUGGCAGUGUUUCUGGAGGCCAAGAAUGCCCAUUCGGUCCUGAAACGGUUCCCUCGUGCCAAUGAAUUCCUGGAGGAGUUGCGCCAGGGCACCAUCGAGCGCGAGUGCAUGGAGGAGGUCUGCAGCUACGAAGAAGUCAAGGAGGUGUUCGAGGACAAAGAGAAAACGAUGGAGUUCUGGAAGGGGUACCCGAAUGCAGUCUACUCAGUCCGCGACCCUGCACAGAGUUCAGAUGCCAUGUACGUGGUGGUGCCCCUUCUAGGGGUGGCAUUGCUGAUUGUCAUUGCCUUGUUCAUCAUCUGGAGAUGCCAGCUGCAGAAAGCCACUCGUCAUCACCCCUCGUAUGCUCAGAACCGGUACCUAGCCAGUCGCGCCGGGCACAGCCUCCCCCGGGUCAUGGUGUACCGGGGCACUGUGCAUAGCCAGGGGGAGUCUUCUGGGCACCGUGAGACAGGGAGCAACCCGCAGGUGGUGCUGGGUCCCAGUCGAGGGGGCAGAACGAUGGUCCGUCUUGAGAGCACCCUCUACCUUCCUGAGCUCUCUCUCUCCAGGCUGUCCAGUGCCACUCCUCCCCCAUCCUAUGAGGAGGUGACUGCACCCCAGGAGAGCAGCAGUGAGGAGGCGAGUGUCUCUUAUAGUGACCCACCCCCAAAGUAUGAGGAGAUAGUGGCCACCAACCCUGGCUCGGACAAGUAGUAGGACUUCUGUCCUGUCCGGAUUGAAAGCCUCCUUCAGGGGUCUCCUAUUUUUUUUUUUUAACUUUUUAAAGACUGUGCCAACACAAAACAGCCUUAGCCUCCUGUUGCCAAAUAAUUUCCUAACCCUGGAUUUGUAGGAAGUCGGUUGUCAGAGACAGGUGGGGGGGUAGGGAACAUGCAUGUGUCAAAGCCCCUGGGGAGAGCCACAGGCUAGAGAGCCCAGCUCUUCCAGAAGCCCCCAUGCUCCCACCAUCCUGUCCUCCCAUCAGGAACUGGCUUCUCUUAUGCCAAAGGUAUUACCCCACUGAGCUGAUUGUGGCCAGAAUGUCUGUAGGCUCAGGCCCCAGGGCCACAUGGCUGGCUGGAGACCUGUCUCUGUCUGAAAGCCUAGGCCACAGAGAUGAGAGAGAGAAGCUAGCCCUUCAGCUACCCCUUUUCCUCAACUGCCCUGUGCUUUCUGUCCUUACUUACAUUUUGAGGACAGGGACAAAGACUGAACAAAAACAACAAAAAAGAGUAAUAACAAAUAAAUAAACGACCAACCCGAUAAAACAAAACAAUAUAACCUGGGCCAUUCAUAGGGGACUGAGGGAAA